AUGGCAAGUCGUCUUUGUCUGUUCGCGCUCCUGUCCUCGGUGUUCUCACUCGCGGCCGCCGCGACCGACUUCUCUUCGCUGCCUGUGUUCUUCUUCCACGGCGUCCGCGGCAACCGCACCAAUGCCGACAACUUCGUGGCCAACCUCACGGCCGAGGGGCGUACCGUUGUACCUCUCACCUUCUGCGAGAUGCCCUGCUCGCUAGAGGCGAUCGUCCUGCAGGUCCCGAAGGCUGUCGCUCAGAUCCGUGAGAUCGUCGCCAACAGCUCCGAGUUCGACAACGGCUACAUCUUCCUCGCCCACUCGCAGGGCGGUGCCAUCUCUCGCGCAGUCAUCGAAGAGAUGGAUGACCACAAGGUCAAGCGCUACAUCAGCAUGGCCGGCCUCCAGAACGGCCAGUUCAUCGGCCCCGACAAGGUGGAGUACUCGAUUGCCAAUGAUGGGCCGUUCCUCGCCACGCUCGUGCCCGAGACCAUGUUCAACUACAGCGCCUACGGUCCGGAGGACUACUACGGCAAGAUGCAGAAGGACUACGUCAUCUACACCAUCGAGAACCCCGACGCGCAGUACACGUACUCGCAGUUCAACGUCAACCGCUGGCCGCAGUUCGGCAGCUUCUCCACCGCCAACUUCUUCCUGCCCGUGUACAACAACGUCAACCGCUGUCUGCCGGGCGACGACCAGUGCGUCUACGACCAGCGCCGCCGCAAGGCCAACUUCCUCAAGCUGGAGGAGGCCCACUUCUUCGCCUCGCCCGCCGACGAGCGCAUCAUGCCGUGGCAGAGCUCCAUCUUCGGCCGCUACUCGGAGGUGGACACGAUCGAGGAGAUCGAGACCAAGUACAUGAACCUCACCAUCGUCAACAUGAACGACACGCUCGAGUACACGUCGGACACGUUCGGGCUCAAGACGCUGGACGAGCGCGGCGGCCUCUUCAUCCACGAGAUCGCGAACAUCACGCACAGCUGCUGGCGCGCCGACCAAAAGGACGGCUGCAAGUGGGCCCCGCUCUACAACGACUACCUCCACCCCGCUCUACACUAA